AUGAAAUGUUAUGUAUACCUGUCGGAUGUCUUGACUGAUAGUCGCGACCAGCUGGACCCGUCUUUUCGAUCGUGGGAGCCAGCCUUUCGGAACAGUCGAUGGUUUACCCGUGGCUGGACGCUCCAAGAGCUCCUUGCUCCGUCCUCAGUUGAAUUCUUUUGCUCAAAAGGCAACCGGAUCGGCGACAAGCGGUCGUUGGCACAAGAAAUUCACAGCAUAACAAAAAUCGCCAUUCAGGCUCUCGAAGGCACACCUCUAUCUGAAUUCAGCGUCGACGAGCGGAUGUCGUGGGCAAAAAUACGCCAGACUAAGCGCGAAGAAGAUCGGGCAUAUUCUUUGCUAGGUAUAUUCGAUAUCCAUAUGCCGCUGAUGUAUGGCAAAGGAGCCUCGAAUGCACUUGGCCGGCUUCAAAGAAAGAUCGAGAGAAGCUUGCGCCUUUCAUCGGCUGGUAGGUAG